AUUGAAAUUUAUUUGCUUUUACGCAGCGGGGAGUACGAAGUGGCUGUUAUUUAUUUCCGUGCUGGCUACGAGCCUGCCCACUAUCCCUCACAAGAUGAAUGGGAUGCACGCUACAUGAUGGAGUGCUCGCGUGCGAUCAAAUGUCCUUCCAUUCACUAUCAUUUGGCUGGUACCAAAAAAGUUCAACAAGCACUUGCCCAGCCCGAAAUGUUGGAGAGGUUUAUAAGCGACCCAGAAAAGAUAAAAGCAGUAGGGCAAAUUUUUACCGGUCUUUAUUCGCUGGAUGACUCUGAAGCUGGUAAUGCCUCGUACGAAAUGGCAUUAAAGGAACCGGAACGAUUUGUUUUGAAGCCACAACGCGAAGGCGGCGGUAAUAAUGUAUAUGGCGUUGACAUUCCAGAUGCACUGAGGAAAAUGAAUCGGCUUGAACGCGCCGCUUGGAUUCUAAUGGAUCUAAUCCAACCGCCAAUUUCCAAGGGUUACAUGAUACGUCCAGGCGGUAAGUCGCCACCGGAAAUAGUUGAUCUCGUCUCAGAGUUGGGUAUUUUUGGCGUAAUAAUUGGCGAUGUGGACAAUAUAAUUUGCAAUUAUCAAGCGGGUCAUAUGCUGCGCACUAAACUCUCGACUGCGAACGAGGGCGGUGUUGCCGCGGGACUCGGCGCACUGGAUAGUCCCUAUUUACUGGAUUAGUGUUUUAACAUAUUGUAGUUUGUAUUUUAUAAAUUUUUAGUAAAUUUUGGCACAAUCUUUUUUCUUAAGCUGCAACGAUGAAAUUAUAUUUACACCUUUACCGCUUUACAAAAAAAAAUGUGUAUGUAAAUCCAGUACAUAAUUUAUUUUAAAUAUCAUGUCUAACUUUUCUACCUAUUAUGAUUAUCUUUGAUCAAUUUCCAUAAAAUUAUUUACCCAACAUUUAUACAAUGUACAACGCUAUACAGAAAUAAAAUACGAAAGCGCCAUUUUUUAAUACAAAUCA